CUUUACAUGUAGACUAGAAUAUAAGUUAAGACACAGGCAUUACCAAUCAAUUUGCGACAAUCCUGAUAAAUGUAUCAAACUCCAGCAAUUUGCACUAAAAUCUAUAGAAAGCUGGUUUUCUUUCUUUAGUCUCCCCUCGCCCUGUCUGAAUAUGGAUGCCAGAUAUAUUUUGGAGCAGUCGUCGGUUGGGACAAGGGUCGGUGGUGCGGAUUUUAACUGCCGGGCAGGCCGCUCCGUGCUCUGCGACACACGGGUCCCCACGGUGGAGAAAAACGGUCCCGUCUUUUACAAAUUAGUAAUGGACGGCGGCUCAGUGCCGGAGGUUAAAAGCGAGCGAACCUCUUCAAAAGGGAACGAACUUUCUCCGGGUGGUCGAAUAUUGCACGACGUGGAAAAAACUGGCCUGGAGGACCAAAAAGACACUGGUUCCUCUGGGAUCUUGAAGAGGGCCAGUCCUACCCACUGCCCAGGCAUAAAUGGGCAGUUGCCAGGCGUCUUCAUGCACUUGGACAUCAGGAACCCAGGGAAACAGGCAGAGCUGGCCAACAACCUCAGAGCAGCACAAGGGCGUAUCAUACCACCAACAGCGAUACAAUCCCUCCCAUCCUCCCACAUCCCCGUCCCCAGAAACAGGAAGCCCUCAGGUCAUGCUGAUAAGGAAGUGAUGGCUGCCACCGUCCUGACCUCACUGUCCACAUCCCCUUUGGUGCUCAACCCUUCCUCUGCACCCACAGUCCCAGAGCCAGCCAGCAGGGCUUGGAAAGAUGUGCUGUCAAAUAGCUACAGCAGUUCGACCAGUGGCAACUGGAGCUGGGACACCAGCGACCAAUCAGUGCCCUCCACACCGUCCCCACCUCUUUCCAACGAUACCAACAAGACCUUCCUGCACUUGACCCAGGGGGAUGAUGUCAUCGAGGAUGUCCCAGAGAGCACGCACUUCAUGUUUGAGGACCCCAUACCUCGGAAGCGAAAGAACUCCAUGAAGGUGAUGUUCAAGUGCUUGUGGAAGAACUGUGAAAAGGUCCUCAGCACCUCCUCAGGGAUCCAGCGACACAUCCGCACCGUCCACCUGGGGCGAAACUGCGACUCGGACUACAGUGAUGGCGAGGAGGACUUUUACUACUCGGAGAUCGAGGUCAACAUGGACAGCCUAACGGAAGGCUUGUCCAGCCUCACACCCACCUCCCCCACCACGUCCGGCCCACCGCCCGUCUUCCCUCCACCGCUCACCGCCGUCCCUCACUCAGAACACAUCAAUAUGAACGGAUCGCACAGCCACGCCCCGACACUGCUCAGCCAGUCAGCUCCCUCCACCCUCUGCCACAUCCGCACUGACCACGCCUACCAGGGGCCUGUGACUCACGUGCGGACAGUCAGCAUCGGUGAAAAGCGGCAGCCGGCAGCGAUCACGCACACCACUGUCAUUAAGAACCACGCUUUAAUAACGCCGCCACCUAAAUCAACACCCGGAACCAGGAAACCCCGUGGGGAGGCGAAGAAGUGCCGAAAGGUGUACGGCAUGGAGAAGAGAGACAUGUGGUGCACGGCCUGUCGCUGGAAAAAAGCCUGUCAGAGAUUCACCGACUAAUCCAGUCCCCUUCCCGUGUCCGUGAGAUGAGUUGUUCCUCGAUCGGAGCGACGGCUGCAGGUGGACUUUUCCACUGAGGAGAUGAGGGGAGAUUUCUUCACAAUGAAGCUCUCAGUCCUGCUUCUUCCAGCCCAGCAGGGCAUUCACCAUCUCUCUUGUUUGUUUCCAAACCGGUGGGUAAAAACAAACAAAACAAGAAAUCGGCAAGAAAAAAUAACUUUGUGCAGGUUCGGAGACCUUUUGUGAGACUGAAUCAUUUUCACUCACGAAUAAGGAAAACAUUUCAAUUGGAACCUUCUGAUUUAGAUUUUUCCCAGCCUCAACUCAAGACAAUGUUUAAAGACUACAGAUACGCUUUUUGGUAUACUCUGUUCAUUAUAGGAGCAUCUACUGUUUAUGGUGUGAUCAUGAGUUUUUCGGGGGUUGAAGGGUCAACACCAGAUCUGCUCCCUAAGACCUCUGUAGCAUAUCCUUUUUUCAUUGUCACUGUGUAAGGGACUUCAAACCUACCAAAGGCAAAACGCCUGUUCACCUACAACCAACAGUUUCGGUGUAAGCUGAAUCCUGAAUCUAGGGUCACUGUCUUCUGCAGCCUUACUGGAUAUUGACUUUAUGUUUAAGUACAUAUGGUUCAAUAUCUACCACCUGUUCAUUAAGCAACUUCAGUACAGCCCAUUGUCAUUUUUGCUAACAUGCACAAAACCCUCACACACACACACACACACAAGUGGUACAAAAAGUUUCCCCAGCACUUAACAUAUUUUUUUUAGAGAUGCACACAAUAUAUGAAAUAUCUCUUCUUCUCUAUACUUACCCGAGAGAUAUGCACCUUGAAGAAAUAAGUAGUCUUUUAGAGUAUCACUGAAACCACAGCGUAUGCCUGAGAGUUGAUAUCUAUUUCUUAUAUAGAGUUUAUUUUCAGCAAACACUUGCUGAAGCAACUAGCAGUUGCACUGUGCAAUCAGCAGGAUUACAGCAUUUAAUAUUGUCUUGUUUUGUGGUUGUCUGUGUUAUUAAGGCGAAUGAGGUGAAGCAGAAGGGCUCAAGUUUAUUCCUUUGUUGUUCUUAAAGAGAUUGUUUACCCCGAUGAAUGAUAACUGCCCUUUGAAACUUUAACUUAACUAACUUAACUUAAAGUUUGACUGAUGUAACGUGUGUAUGUAAGUAAAUAACAUAGAGAUUGUCACCCAACAAUCACAACCUGAUGAUAAAUCAGGCAAUUUGAAUUCAUUUCUUACAGUUUUGAAAACGAGAGGUUACCUCCAAUCUUCAGUCUUUGGAAUAACUAUCACUAAACCAGCAUUGCAACAUUUGUACACACCGAGCUUCAUAGGAACCGAGACUAUUUCCUAUGAUUUUAGUAGAUUUGUCGAAUCCUUUUUUUAGAAUGAUGUUUUUAUUCUGGACUAACAUUUGAAAAGGAAACGUGAGAAUCAAAUCAAGUCAGUGCCGAGCGGCGGCGUAGGUGGCGCAAAAGUAUUUCACCAAAGUGAAAGUAAAGAUUAUCUAGAAUAAUGUAGAUUACUGUAAUACUAACACAGUCCUUCUCUAUUCAUAAGCCUUCCAAAUGUUAGAUUAAAUAUAGGAAGUAGAGGUAUUGAUGGUUAGGCAUGUUAAUUUUAUUUUUUAUAUAUCCCUUUCCCCUGUAUUUACAAAAUAGUUUUUUUAGCCAAUCUAUAAAAAUAGUGCCCUUUUUAAUUUGAAAACCCAUUUGUCACCUGUUUUGUGUUUCUAUUAAUUAUCCAAGUUAUACAACAAUUAAAGAAAAAAAAAUGCAAGUGGUAACAUUACAAGCAUUUAAUCAAAAUGAAAUAACUAAUUAUUAUUUGAAGGUUUCCAGCCUGAAACUGAACACCUGCAGGGUGGAGUGUACUUAGUGUACAACUUACUUAUGAUCUCUUAUUGUUGCUAAUAAAGAUGAAAGACACAUCAGCAGCCAUAGCUUGGAACAUUUUAAAGUCAUUCUUACAUUCAGAGAUCCCCAUUUGUAUUUGUUCCCCUCAUCAGUAACGUAGAGUCGACUCGGCAAACAUUUAGAUUUAAAGACGAUAAUGAUCUUUUCAAGAUGAUCAACCUGUUUCCCAUAAACCAUAGUCAAAUCAAUGGACUGAUUUAUAUCAAACAAAUGAGAAAUGUGUCUCAAAGGGCUUCACAAUAUGUGACACGUUCUCUCUUUAGAUCCUCUAUUCCGAUAAAGUAAAACUCUUUGACUGCUAUUCUUCUCACCUGUUUUCGGAGUCUUGACAGUAGAUGUAUAUUUUUGAAGAGGUUCGUCCUUGUGCUGUUACUCAGCAGCUGUUUGAAUGUAGAUUUUCCUGCGUGUCCUCGACUCUCUAAGCGCUCCUGACACUGACCUGACCUGAUCCCCCAUGACAAGCACACACACACACACACACACACACACACACACACACACACACACACACACAGUCCUCUCUUAGACGAGCAGGCCGUCGAGCUGACUUCUUGACUGAGGUACAUUACGACUUCAGACCUCUGUCGCCAUAGAAACUACUGUGCUUUCCCCUGUCGUCACAAGGUCGCUCUGGCUGUCUGCUGUCGGCUGAUGACACAUUAUCGCCGACCAGAUAAUACUUCUCCAUGAAAGCUGGGGAGCAGAUGCUUUACUGUUAAUUGGUGGCUCGAAGUCAAACCUAUAAAGCGCACAUGUAAAACCUAAUGGUAGUUAAUAACUUCUCAUUCAGUUCCCGUUAUAAAGCAUCGUUUUGUUUUGGAAACGAACGAUCCCGCCUGUAAAAUGGGUUAUUGCAGUGGCAUCCCAGGUAGGCUUCCUUCUCUUCUGAUCAGAAACUUCACAAAGUGCCAAUGAAAAGAGCAUUAAAAGGAAACAAGGUAUUCUUACCUAAUAAAAUUGCACUAUGUUGUGACAUGUUUUUAUACAUUUUAUAUACACACAUUUUGAAGUGAAAGGAUUUCCUUUCUUUUUUUUUUUUUUUGGAGGGGGUGUCGUCGCGGCCCGGUGGAAUAAAUGGGGUGUCAGGGAUAGGGGGUUCUGUGCCUCUGGGGUCCCCCAUUAUUAGCUUCCUUUACAUUAAGUGACAGUUAAUGUCCUGCUCUCUGUGUCAGAUUUAUUGUACUAAAUAUACCGGCUGUUUUUAGAAGUGUGGUACUGGGAAGUACGGUGUGGUACUUUAGGUAGUCAGUCACUCUGCCUUUCCUUGGAGGAGUGCCAAGGGCUGAAAGCAGCACCUGCCUUGUCUCAGUGAUGGGAAAGCACCAGUCUCAGUCAGUGGCUACACAUUAAUGUCUUGAUAACAGAUGCUUUUACACUGCUUUAUUGCCUGGAGCUUUUUCACAAUACUCACAUAUUUGUUAUCCGUAAAGCCCGCACUUGUGCUUCCUUUCUUAUUUACAUUUGACUGAGCUGAGGUAGGAACUGUGUCGAUGCAGUUAUCAGUGCUGGAUAUCACUUUUAAAUCUCUUAUCUCUGGUUUGGUCGUUUGAUGGAGCGUCAAAUGCAACCCAUCGGGUAUCUCUCCAUCCAAAGCGCUCUUUAGAUUCCACCAGCAGGGUUACAGGCCGAUGCUUUUGCUGGCAGAGAAUGGGACUGUUGGCGCGUGUUAAGCUAACAGGCUCCUGUGGUUGCCACUAUUCCACCUUUUUAUGUCAUUGUGUUUUCGGGUCGUCCGUCCGUCUCAUUCUCUCGAAGGCAAAUAUCUCAGGAACACCUUGAGGGAAUUUUCUUCAAAUUUGGCACAAAUGUCAACUUUAGAUUUUUGUGGUCAAAGGUCACUGUGACCUCACAAAACACAUCUUUGGCCAUAACUCAAGAAUUCUUAUGCUAAUUAUGACAAAAUACUAUUAAUACCUUUUUUUUUUUGUGUAAAUUCCUUCAAAGUCUUCGCUACAUAUUAUAUGAGUCUAGACAGACAUGGAUGUGAAUUGCAACUUGACUGGAGGCGUACAAACGCGAGGCAGUAAUUUUGAUUACUUUUUUCGAGUUGCACUGAAAUGGCCCGCGAUGAUCAAGGCUUCAAGUCGUAUCAGUAGGAGCUCGGCUUGUGUCAUUAUGGCCAGAAAGAACUGUGGGUUCAAGUUGCUCUUGUUGACUUUAUGGUGACAAAAUAUACAAGUUUCACCUGUGAAAUGAGAGAUUGAAGUUGAUUGUUAAUGGGUGUCGUAGGGAACGUUGAUGGAGAGCAGGCACGAGACACGCGGUGAUGAUAUCGAUGGAUUUGCAGUUUCAGGGCUUUCAUGUACAUAUGCAACAUAAAGAGAACCGUGAGGCUUUUUCACAUUUUGUUGUUGUUUUCUUUGUUGUUGUUAUCUUGUUUUAUGAAAAGUAAACUUUUGUUUUUUACAGUAUAGUUGCUCAGAAAAUGUUUUUUUUUUUUUUUUUUUAAGUCGAUUGAAAAGCUAUAGUGAACAUAAUGCAUAAAAGAUUCAAUUCAUAUUGUAGCUUAGAGGCUAAGGGGAGAAAAACAAAACCUGUUGAAUGUAAAAUCUACAAAAACAAGUCUUUUGUUGUUAUGUUUUCCGGCUAGUUCAUGCGAUCUGUAGUGAACCUGUAGCGCAUCCUGAUUUUGGUAUCCACAUUUUUUAACACCCACAGCUGUCGCCACACUGCUACGUCAUAUCAAAUAACGCAACCAUGCAGUAUUGCUUUUCUAUUUUACCUUGUGCAAUGAGAUGCUUUAUAGGGGAACAAGAACUAACUUGAGUUUUGGUGACAUCUGGGCUACAUGCUUACACUGUUGCUAUUUGUCUUUUGUCUUUCUCCCUGCCAAAUAGUAAUUUUUCUGAAAAUGUGUGUUCAUCAUCGUUGUGGAUGUUGUUUAUGACGUUAAGUUGUUAGGCAGGAUAACCUACGACCUUUGGUCACAAUGAAAAUGUUAACUUUGUGGGAAUCCCUGCACAUUCCAACUGACUGCACGCUUUUAGUGUCUUCCACUUGUUUCCUAGUAGACAUAUCCUUCCCAUUUCCUCCUCACUACAGUGAUUCUUCUCGGAUCACCUCGUUCUUUUUACAGUUACCUGUUCUUGUCCUAUCCAGCUUUACUGUGCUCCCACCCAAGCCUUUACCCAGUAUAUUAAGCUAAACUAAACCCUUGAAAUGUGCAUCAAAAAAAGCCUUCAUUUUUAUUUCCACAUGUCAAAAUUUAUGUGCUGCUUUCUUGAAUGUCAGUUUUCAUUUGUGUGUAAACCAGCAGCAGCAAAGCCAAUAGAUCUCCUUCCAAAUCAAAUGUAAUGUAAUGCAUUGCAAUGGCAGCUCCACUCAAUUCUCUGCUUCUUCUACUGAGCUUUUAUUAUGUGUCCAGGCUUUUACUCCUUUGUUUGUCCGAUCUCUCAUUUGAUUACCAUUUCUGUCACCUGUUGUGUUUUUACUGAGCCGUACACUGGCUGCUGUGAAAACUGACUCCUGCUUGUUUUUGUUUUCUCAUUAAUUGAUUGAUUGUCUGGUUAAAUUUGAGGUUGUUUUGCAUGUCUAGCAUCGCUCAUUUUUUUGUUUGUUUUUUGUUUGGAGAUACAACACUGAAGGGUUUUAUGUGUUAGAUUUCUUCUUUCAGUAACUGAUAGCUCAAGGCUGGUGGAGUUUUGUUUUUCUCUGAAUGUAAUCACACAGACACAGACACACACACACAUUUUUGAGGGAAACGUUGACGUCAGCCUCGGGUCUUCACUGGAGGGCAAGAGAUUUCUCCUGUGUUUGUGUGUGUGUGUGUGUGUGUGGGCUCGGCCUCUGGUCUUCAUCAGCAGCCCCACGCACAUGCAGGAAGCAAUUUCUGAGGAGUGGUGCACUCAAGGAGUAUUUGUGUGAAUGUCAAGCCUAUGACUAGUGCUUGAAAAGAUGGAUGACAAUGUAUGAUGCUGAUAAUGUGAUGUAAUUUGAAAGAAAGAAAAUAAACCUGAAUGGAAGAA